AUGGAGUUUGUGGCCGAGCAUGUGUUCGAAGGGCAAUCUCUUCACGACUACAUCGAGUAUAUGAACGAUGGCAAGCUGCCUGGUGGUGGAGUCCUGAAUGCUGGAAAAGCUGUGGUAACGGGAAUUUUCGAUCGGACUGGGGUACCUAUCAUCCCCGUCCGGCGGGGGAUCAUUGAUCGAAUGUCCUACUUUAUCCAUUCUUACAAUUACUUCAGCAAUUGGCCAUCUGCACUGAAGCUUUCGUUCGGCGACGGUCCAUUGGCAACCUCAUUCGGAGCCCGCGAGCAUGCGAAGGCCCCUGCAAACUACGAUAAAUUUGCAAGUAUCACGGCCAACAAAGCCUCAAUUGAUGUGACCAGGUGGAAAACGUUCAAUGCGCUUGAGAAUUCUGCCUUCCUAUCCGACGUCAUUGAGGCCUUUAAAGCAAUUGUUAGUGCCGAUCUUAAUCUGCAGGUCACGAAUGCCUUGAAGGAAUUCAAAGCCUUUGCCGCAGAUGCGCAGUCUACUUGGGCCAGUUCUGCUGUGAAAAGGUUGUACGCCUCUACCAUCGUGAAAGAAAACUAA